AUGGCUCAGGCCAAGAUCAGCGCCAAGGCCAGCGAGGGGGCGGCGCAGCAGCAGCAGUCCGCCGGGCAGCUCCGAGGCCGCUUCUACCGCUCUACCUCCAUGGCAGACCGCUCCAGCCGCCUGCUCGAGAACCUGGACCAGCUGGAGCUCAGGGUAGAGGCUUUCCGAGACGCAGCAUCUGCUAUGGAGCAAGAGAAAGAGAUCCUGCUAGAAAUGAUCCACAAUAUACAGAACAGCCAGGACAUGAGGCACAUCAGUGAAGGUGAGAGAGAAGAGCUGAACCUGACUGCCAACCGCUUGAUGGGCCGCACGCUGACCGUGGAGGUGUCUGUGGAGACCAUCCGCAAUGCGCAGCAGCAGGAGUCCCUGCAGCAUGCCACCAAGAUGAUCGACGAGAUUGUCAGCAAGCUGCUGGAUGACCUGGAGGACGCCAAGCUCCGCUUGCUGUCGCUGUACGGUGCCUGCACGUCUGACGUGCCUGCGGGACCCAUCGACCAGAAGUUCCAGUCUGUGGUCAUCGGCUGUGCCAUCGAGGACCAGAAGAAGAUUAAGAGGCGGCUAGAGACUCUGCUUAGGAACUUGGAGAAUUCUGAGAAGUCCAUCACGUUGCUGGAGCACCAGAAAGCCUCCGUUCGACAGUCGUGCAACAGCAAGCAGGAGUAGUCUCUCCUGUGGCGACUUCUGGUGCUGUGGGACGGGCAGGACCCCACAGAGAGCUCACAGAAGCUGAGGAGAGGGUUCCCUGCAGGGGCGUCACAGCGUUCCCAGUUCCAGGGGCCAGCGUUUUCUGGGGUUGGUGGCGUGGGCAUUUUCCUUGGGCAAUACAGGGUGGGUCGGCUCUCUGCAGAGCCGGUGCUGCUCCACUGCAAGCUGUAACUGUGCUUUGACUCAGCUCUUAGAGCUGCCUGCAUCCGCGUUUCUUCCCUGCUCCUGGGGCUCGAAGUUGUUCUGUCGCACCGUGAGACUUCAGUCUUUCUCUGCUGUAUCCGUAGUGUGUGAGCCAGACUUCUGGGGCCCAGAGACAAGUCAUGGUAAUAAACCAAA